AUAUUAAAAAAAAAAACAUGGAAAAUUAUGAGGGAAAUGUAGGCUUUGACUUCUCUAAGAUGCCGCUAUCAGAUGUUGCUCAGCGGAUAAUGGCAGCUAUGCAUUCAUUUGAUUUAGUGGAGAUUAAGAAUUUCAGAGAAAAUGAAAAAAAUGAGAAGAUGAUACAUUAUUCCACCGUAAAGGAUACACUUCUAGAAGAUAAGAGUCCACAUUAUGUAACUGUAACAGAUCAGUCACCAGAAUUUUCCAACAUCAUCUCUCUUCAGUCAACUGGUAUUAAGCAAUGUAACCAAAUGCCUAAUAUCGAAGACCACAAUUCAUUAGCAUCCGUGCCCCUUACCAGUUGUGCAAUUCCUUCUUUAAAUUUGAAGCCCUCACAUUUCCAGAAAAAAGAAAUUAAGAAGGAAUAUUUUUUAAAGGAAGACAACAAUAUUGAAAAGAAGGAUGCUAGGAAUCUUAAAAGAAAGUUUACUACAGCCAAUCAUUUGUCAAAACAAACAAAGAAUCAUUUUACAAUGGAAGAGUUUGGAAAUGGAAUUGAAAUCAAAUAUCAGAAUUCAGGAGAGACAAAAGCUCUUGAAAAUCCAGUCUGUGAUGUCAGAUCCAUGGGAGCUGUAGAAAAAAGCCAGUUGGUGGAAAUGCUAAAACAAGCAGCUGUUCUAGUGGUCACAAUGAUCUAUCAGGAUGGAUCAUCCCAGCUAAAACAUGAUAAGGAUCUAAAUUCAUUGGUAAAAGGAAUCAUUAUUUUAAUAAAGAGCCCACUGGACAACAGCAGUCAUUCCUUUAAUGCAUUAAACACAGACCCACCUAUGAUGGCUGAAUUUACCAAAGAGGAUAGGUAUAUAUACAUAAAAAUACAACAUGAUACUCUUUGGAAACAAGAUCAAGAGAUAAAUAAUCAAUUUGCCAGAACUGUGCUGUUUGAAAUACUAAAAUGUAAAUAUCCUGUUGUUUGUUUUAAUGCUAAAGAGUUUGUGAAAACAGUGCUCCAACUAAAUGGCCGUUAUGGUUAUUGGAAACAUGUUCCUGAUUUUGUGAUGUUAGAUCCCAGAAUUGCAGCAUGGCUUCUUGAUCCUAAUGAUACUAUUUCCUCCUUUGAAGAUCUAAUAAGGAAAUAUUUUGAAGAAUCAGUCACAAUGAAAAUGAAUAACCCAAAUGGAGAUUCUUCACACAAUAUGGUGAAUCUAUGUUCAGACUUGAGAAUCCUUUACAGACUUACGAUGGAUCUUUGCUCUAAAUUAAAGGUUUAUGGUCUAUGGCAAUUAUAUUAUACUUUGGAACUUCCUCUGAUACCCAUUUUGGCAGUGAUGGAAACCCAUAAAAUUCAAGUGAAUAAAGAAGAAAUGAAGAGAACAUCAGAACUUCUUGGAUUUCAUUUAAAGGAAUUGGAAAAAAAAGCUCAUGUUGCUGCAGGAGAGCAGUUUCUUAUUACUAGUAAUAAUCAACUUGGAGAGAUAUUAUUUGACAAGCUAAAGCUACACUUGCUGUGCAAGAAUAAGACUGUUCCCAAAACUGAGUUACAGAAACAUCCAUCAACAUCGGAAGCCACGUUAAAUGCUUUGCAAGAUCUUCAUCCUUUACCCAAGAUCAUUUUAGAAUAUAGGCAGAUUCAUAAGGUCAAAUCAACCUUUUUGGAUGGGCUGCUGUCAUGCAUGAGAAAGGGGUUUAUUACAUCAACAUGGAAUCAGACUGGAACUGUGAGUGGCAGACUUUCAGCCAAGAAACCUAAUAUACAAGGAAUCUCUAAGCACCCAAUCCAGAUUACUUUACAACAAUAUGAACAAGGGGAAGAAGAUGAAAAAACAACUAUUUCUCCCAGAACAAUGUUUAUCUCUUCCAAAGGCUAUACCUUUCUAGCAGCAGACUUUUCACAGAUUGAAUUGCGCAUCCUUGCUCACCUCUCUUGUGAUCCAGAACUUCUGAAGCUUUUCCAGCAAACCGAGAAUCUUGAUGUGUUUAUGAGCUUGACUUCUCAGUGGAAGGGAAUUCCUCUUGAACAAGUCACACAUGUGGAGAGGGAGCAGACCAAGCGAGUUAUAUACUCAGUGGUAUAUGGAGCAGGCAAAGAACGACUUGCUGCUUACCUUGGAGUAACUGUUCUUCAAGCGAGUCAGUUUAUAGAGAGUUUUCUUCAGAAAUACAAGAAAAUCCAUGACUUUACCCAGGAAACAAUCAUGAAGUGCCACCACAAAGGAUAUGUGGUUUCUAUCAUGGGACGCAGAAGACCCCUGCCAAAUAUCAAUGCAAAGGAUUACAGACUGAGGACUCAAGCAGAAAGACAAGCAGUAAACUUUGUGGUCCAAGGAUCCGCUGCUGACCUCUGCAAAAUGGCCAUGAUCAAGAUAUUUGCUUCAAUUGCUACUUCUCCAAAGCUGACGGCCAGGUUGCUUGCCCAAAUUCAUGAUGAACUACUAUUUGAAGUGGAAGACUCACAAAUUCCUGAAUUUGCAGCACUGGUCAAGGACACCAUGGAGUCACUGCAGAACAUCCAGGCCAUAGAGCUGCACCUGAAGGUGCCCCUGAAGGUGAGCCUCGCCACGGGCCGGUCGUGGGGGGACCUGAGCCCCUUCCCGGAGGCGGUGCCCGGGGCUGCCCAGCCCGCGGCCGGCCUCGGUAACUAGGGCAAUGGCAGCCCCCGCCGAGCCCCAGCCCCACCUCGGAGCUCUGCGGGGGCAUUUCUCCGCUUCAUUUCGUCCGUCGCCCCCGGCAACCGCGGCGGCCCGAGACUGGUUUGUGCCGGCGCGCUGUCCUGGGCUGGCCGGGGCAAGGGGGCGGCUUGUGUUCCGGGCCAGAGCGUGCGGCCGAGGCGCAGAGCGAGCCGCCCUUAACCCUCGUGGGGCAGCUUCCCGCCCCCGCGCCGGCCUCACCUGCCCCGGGCGCGCGGACCCGCAGACCCGGGGGUGCCGGCGGCCGGCUCGCGUGCCCUCUGCCAGCGGCCUGGCAUCUCGGCACCGUCCCCGCCCUCGGCCGCCGGGAGAAAGGGCUCGGCAAACCUCAGAGGCGCGGCACCGAAGGCGGGGAGUCGGGUUCCGUUUGGCCUGCGGAGGACUGCGCGGCCGCGGUCCCCCUGCGGGCCUGAGCGCUCGGCCUCCGCCAGCGGGUUCUCCCCCGGCCCUCCUGGAGAAGUCCCCGAACCUGCCGCCCAGAUUCUCUCCGCCCCCUAAGCCCGCCGAGCGCCCACAGUAGCGCCUGGCCUUGGCGUAGCGCUCCCGGCUUGCCAAGCGUUUGCCCGCGUCAUCUCCCUGGCUCCAGCGGCCCUGGGGGGUGGGCUCUGAGGGGUGGGCCCUGCGGGGUGGCCUUCUUUUCGCAGAGGAGACCCCCGAGGCUGAACGAGAUUAAGCCCCCGGCUCUUUCCCCAGCCCAUUCUGAGCACUUUCUGCAGGGCACCAACCCGUGGGGGGGAGGGUGCGGGGGGAAGGGGGUAACCAUCUCCUAUUGAACUCAACAGGGACAAAGCCUGGAAAAACUCCGUGUGUGCGGCCGGAUGCCCCCGGGCGCCUGCCAGCAGCUACCGGGGCCAAACUGUCGGGCUUGGGUUUCAAACGGCGGCGCCACGGAGGAGUCUGGGCGAAUGUUUGGCUUUCACCUGACUUUUGUGUUUUGCUGAGUGUGUGUUCGGAGGUAUAGCCUUGGCCUUGUUUUGACUCCCUUUAUUCCCGUGUACCAGGAAACCUGUUUACCCUCAGCAUGUAAGCUUCCUGUGGGUUCUCUUACCCAUAUUUCCCUGCAUUCUGCACCAGCCCGCCCUAAGGGCCCCGUCCAGGUUGUUUGUUCACCAGCCCCCCCUUCACCCCACUCUGUUCUUUGUGAUAAAUAAAAAAAAAGAAAGAAAGAAACCGUUUGGAGUGAACACUUUUGUUUCUUGAGGAGUAGAGGGGCACGGAUAGAUUUCAGGGGCUCCAUGAACUUGGAUCGAAAAAAAAUCUUUAUUUUUGCUAACGUCUUAAUUGAAAUUUAGCAUUUCUUUCAAUUAGGAAAAAAAGGAGUCAUCAGUUUAAAGAUUUUGCCAGAUGGCCAGAGAGGCCCCUGACACAGAAAAGUGA